GUAACCGCCAAACCAAACAGGCAAAUCAUCUUGUUUAAAAAACAUUGUGAAACAUUGUGAAUGUGGUACUCAAAUCUAUAUAAAUAGCCUUUGUCAUUAAUAAAGUCUUCUGUAUUUCCUUAAACAGUAUAUUAUUUGCCUGAAUAAAAAUGCCGUUCUUUAGUGGCAGAUGUUUGAGUACCGCUAAAUUGAUUGGGAAAACUGCAGUUAUAACGGGAAGUAAUACAGGGAUCGGAAAAGAAACUGCGUUAGAUUUCUAUAAGAGAGGUGCUAAAGUAAUUUUAGCAUGUCGAAGCUUGGAAAGAGGUGAAGAAGCGAAGAAAGAAAUAGAAGAAAAAUGUAAAGAUUUACCUGAAACUGGUACUUUGGUAUUAGAGAAAUGUGACUUAUCUUCUUUGAAAUCUGUCCGCGAUUUCAGCCAGAAAGUGCUAGACACAGAACCUCAUGUUAACAUCUUAGUUAACAAUGCAGGUGUCAUGAUGUGUCCAAAGGGGGAAACCGAAGAUGGUUUUGAAACACAAUUUGGUACCAAUCAUUUAGGUCACUUUCUUUUGACCAUGCUGCUUCUGCCGCGCAUAAGAAACAGUGCUCCAGCCAGAAUAGUGACUGUUUCAUCCAAAGCUCACACAAGAUAUGGCAUUAACUUUGAGGAUGUGAACUAUAAGAAGAGACCAUACAGUGCCAUGGAGGCAUAUUCACAAAGUAAACUUGCUAAUGUACUAUUCUCCAGGGAAUUGGCAGCAAAACUGAAAGAAAAUAAUAUAGAAGGAGUUAACACAUACAGUCUCCACCCUGGCGUGAUCAAAACUGAACUCGGACGUCAUAUGAAUGAAACAAUGUUCAGGGGUGCUAGAACAUUAUUUGGUGUAUUGGUCGGACCAUUUAUGAAAUCUGCCGAACUUGGCGCACAAACCACAAUAUAUUGCUCUGUUGAUGAGAAAUGUGCUAAUGAAACUGGAUUAUACUACAGUGACUGUGUUGCCACCCCUCCACACCGUAAUGCUUUAAAUGAUGAGCAUGCCAAAAAGCUUUGGGACAUGUCAAUUGACCUAGUGGGCCUUCAGGACUAUAAUCCGUUUACAGCAAAUGACCAAGGAGCAAAGAAUUAAAAUUAGAUAUAUUGUUAUAUACUAAUUUUUGCAUGUUUUUUGUUUUUUAUUAACAUAUCUGUAUGACACAGGUUUAAAAUAAUUUCUUUACUAAUACUUUAAUUGUUCUCAUUACAUUAUGUUUACAUUUUGUUGAUGGCUGAUUUUUCUCAUUUUCUUAGCUCUGUUAUAUUAUUUUAUUUUAAUGUUUAUUUUAUACUAUUGUAUACAAGAUGUCAUUUUUAAUGAUUAUUAUACACUAUUGUUUAUAGGGUUGUAUUUUAGGUGAUGUGUUUGGGUCUAGGACCUAUAAGCAUUUUUCUUAACUAAAAUACACCUGUGUUUACUAUUCUUACUGUGUCAUAUCUCUAUAAGUCGUUUUUACUAAUUUUUGUGUCGAAUUUAAGGAUAAGUGAUAAAUAUAUGCAUUUACUUUUUUGGUAUUUGUUAAAUAAGUAUCAUCAUGCUUUACAAUUGUUUAAUAUGUUACAAAAUAUGUGUUGUUUUUGUAAGUAAUUGAUUUUAUUGAUCCAAAAAUACUCAUACACUAAAUAAUUCUUAGAACUUAAUCUAUUGUGACUAAUCAAAUUAACGUCCACUUUGUUAAUGUUGUUUAAAAUAUAUUUAAUCGAAAUAAAGUAUUAUUUUAUUCAUU